AUGGAGAACCUUUCUAUAGGUGAGAUUUAUACUUCUGAAAAAAGAGGUUGCGACGAAACUGGAGAUGGGACAGAAAACAAACCUUUUAAGACAAUCAUGCAGGCUAUGCGUAAGGCAGGAAAGGAACCUUUUCCUACAAUUUAUGUAGACUCAAAAGAGGAAGGCAAGGUAUAUGAUGUUUGUGCUAAAUCUCAAUUAAAAAAAAUUACGAAACUGUGGGUCAGAGAAAACUAUAAGACUGCUGACAAAGCCAAGGCAGAGGAUGAGACUAAUGAAAAGAGACACCAAAACUUGGAAGAGGCUAAAAAGAUUGUUAUAGAACAAGAUCCCAGUCUACCGAAGGCCAAAAUAGUGAAGAUAUCUGCAACUGCCGACAACCGAGGUGAGCGCAUUUGCGUUCGGGGCUGGGUACACCGCCUUAGACGACAGGGGCGCUCUCUGGCGUUCCUCACAUUACGUGAUGGUACUGGCUAUUUGCAAUGUGUACUCCACGGUGUUCUCUGCCAGACUUAUAACGCCCUAGUCCUGUCUACUGAGUCAUCUGUCACGCUUUAUGGCAAACUGGAAGUGGUGCCUGAAGGAAAAAUGGCACCUGGUGGUCACGAGCUGACUGUAGAUUACUGGGAGCUGAUCGGACUCGCGCCGCCAGGUGGCGCUGAUGCGAUCCUUAACGAAGAAGCUUUACCUGAUGUUCAGCUUGAUAACAGGCACAUAAUGAUCCGCGGCGAGAACACGUCGAAGGUGCUCCGCGCGCGAGCGGCGGUGACGCGCGCCUUCCGCGAGCACUUCGCGGCGCGCCGCUACACGGAGGUGACCCCGCCCACGCUGGUGCAGACGCAGUGCGAGGGCGGCAGCACACUCUUCAAGUUCAGCUACUUUGGUGCAGAGGCGUAUUUAACGCAGAGUUCGCAGCUAUACCUGGAGACUUGCCUGGCGACGUUGGGAGACGUGUACUGCAUCGCUCAGUCGUACCGCGCUGAACAGUCGCGGACUAGAAGACAUCUUGCCGAAUACAGUCACGUAGAAGCAGAAUGUCCAUUCAUCACAUUCGAGGAACUUCUUGACAGACUCGAGGACUUAGUAGUGGAUGUGGUGGAACGUGUGCUAGCGUCUCCCGAUGGUCACCUUGUUUAUGAACUCAACCCUAACUUCAAGAAACCAGAGAAGCCGUUCAAACGCAUGACGUAUCCGGAGGCUAUUGACUAUUUGCGUGAGAACAACAUCACCAAGGAGGAUGGGUCUUUCUACGAAUUUGGGGAGGACAUUCCCGAAAUGCCGGAACGCAAGAUGACUGACGCGAUUGGCGUACCAAUAAUGUUGUGCAAGUUCCCGGCGGAAAUCAAGUCGUUCUACAUGCCGCGGUGUAAGGACGACAAGCGACUUACGGAGUCGGUAGACGUACUCAUGCCGGGAGUUGGAGAGAUUGUGGGCGGCUCUAUGAGGAUAUGGGACCACGCUGAGCUCAUGGAAGGUUACAAACGCGAAGGCAUCGAUCCCACUCCUUACUACUGGUACACCGAUCAGCGCAAGUUCGGGUCUGUCCCCCACGGCGGCUAUGGGCUGGGCCUGGAGCGGUUCCUGUGUUGGCUGCUCGACAGAUACCACAUACGCGAAGUCUGCCUCUACCCUCGGUUUCUUGAUCGUUGCACUCCUUAA